AUGGAUUUAGAUACAGAUGUUCCAAUGGAAGAUGUUGAAGAACAUCAAACCAAAUUAAAAGUUACAAAUCCAAAAGCUUCCACAUCAACUAAUAAUAGUAAUACUAAUGGUAGAAAUACCCUUUCAUCUAAUGUGCAUGAUGAGAAUGCUAUAGGAUCAAUCAAUCAAUUAGACGAAUGGAUUGAUAAAUUAAGUAAAUGUGAACCAUUAUCAGAAGCUGAUGUUAAAAAGUUAUGUGAUAUGGCAAUAGAAGUAUUACAAUUCGAAGAAAAUGUACAACCAGUUCAUGUGCCUGUAACUAUAUGUGGUGAUGUUCAUGGGCAAUUUCAUGAUUUAAUUGAAUUAUUUAAAAUUGGUGGACCAUGUCCUGAUACAAAUUAUUUAUUUAUGGGAGAUUAUGUUGAUAGAGGUUACUAUUCAGUUGAAACUGUUAGUUAUCUUGUUUGUAUGAAAGUAAGAUAUCCCAAUAGAAUUACUAUAUUAAGAGGUAAUCAUGAAUCAAGACAAAUUACCCAAGUUUACGGAUUUUAUGAUGAAUGUUUAAGAAAAUAUGGUUCAGCAGCAGUAUGGAAAUUAUUUACUGAUUUAUUUGAUUAUUUCCCAAUUACUGCAUUAGUUGAUAAUAAAGUGUUUUGUUUACAUGGUGGUUUAUCACCAAUGAUUGAAACAAUUGAUCAAGUAAGAGAAUUAAAUAGAAUACAAGAAGUACCUCAUGAAGGUCCAAUGUGUGAUUUAUUAUGGUCAGAUCCUGAUGAUAGAGGUGGUUGGGGUAUUAGUCCAAGAGGUGCCGGUUUCACUUUUGGUCAAGAUAUUUCUGAACAAUUCAAUCAUACCAAUGAUUUAAGUCUUAUUGCAAGAGCUCAUCAAUUAGUAAUGGAAGGUUUUAGUUGGUCACAUCAAGAAUCAGUUGUAACAAUUUUUUCUGCUCCAAAUUAUUGUUAUAGAUGUGGGAAUCAAGCUGCUAUUAUGGAAGUUGAUGAACAACACAAUAGACAAUUCUUACAAUAUGAUCCUUCAGUUAGACCAGGUGAACCUACUGUAACUAGAAAGACUCCUGAUUAUUUCUUAUGA